AUGGAUUGGAAAUCCCAGUUGGGGUUCUCAGGUCGGCUGCGGGCCAUCCAAUCUCUCACCACCGCCUACCAGCAAACAUCGUCAUCAGAUGCAUUUGCAGAGGCACAAUCCAAGGCUAGUAAACAUGAGACUGAAUCAUGGAACAAUGCCACCUCGAAGGAAGAAUAUGACUUGAUGUGCCAGCAGGCCAUUGAUGCAGCUGAACAGGCAGAGCUAGCAUCAGCCGUUGACCCGCAUGAAGCUCAAGGUGAGUCAGAGGCUCCAGAGUUGUCAGAAUCUACUCAGGAGCAGAUCGGCCAAUACGCCUCCUGCUUUCACCAUUUCGAUGGUCUUCAUUCCACCAUAUACAAGUCAAAAGCUGCAGAUGGAACACUCCAAGCAGUCAAAGUCACCAUCCCCCAUAUGAUGACGGCGCCCCAUGAUGCUCACCGCGAGGCACGAUUGCUGCGAGAAGCUUGCAAUCCUCAUAUCAUUCCUUUGACCGAGACCUUCAAUCUUGAUGGUGGGAGAUUUAUCAUGGUCUUCCCUUUUAUGCGAUAUGACUUUGAGCAUUUGCUCCGACGGGAUAUGGUGACCGCCGCGCAGACACGGUCAAUUCUGAAGGAUAUGUUCCGUGCCCUCGUCCAUCUGCAUGACAUUGGGAUCAUACACCGAGAUUUAAAGCCUUCCAACAUUCUCAUGGACUCGCCCAACGGCCCAGCAUACUUGGCAGACUUCGGUGUUUCAUGGAAAGAAGGUGACCCGGGGUCUGAGCCACCCACGCAAAAGAUUACCGAUGUGGGCACCACCUGCUACCGGCCUCCAGAGAUCCUCUUCGGGUACAAGGAAUAUGGAACUGCUCUUGACCUCUGGGCAGCCGGAUGCUUGGUGGCAGAGGCCAUUUCCGUGGGCCAUCGGCAAAUGUUUGAUUCCGGACCUGUUGGUAGUGAUCUGUCGCUUAUUUUCUCUAUCUUUAAAAUGCUGGGUACUCCGGACGAACAACUGUGGCCGGAAGUCACCGUCCUGCCUGACUGGGGCAAAGUGGAAUUCCACUCCUUCCCUGCGCAAUCCUGGGAGGAUAUUUUGCCGGGUGCAUCCUCAAAUGGUCGUGAUCUGGUUCGCCGGUUACUAUGCUAUGAGAGCCGAGAAAGACUCUCUGCAGUACAGGCCCUUGAGCAUCCGUAUUUCGCAUGA